AUGACCGGUGUCUUCGAUAUGGAUCGGUCUCGUAAUCGCCGGGAUAGGACCUUUGUGGGCUCGCCAUGUGCCGUCUGCGAUGAACUUCUGGAGCAUACAUUGCGGGGUGAGAGGGUCCUGCAGUUUAGUUGCCAACAUGUGGCCCACGAGGCCUGUUUCUACGAAUACAUUCGCGAAAUCGACUCGCAGCAUUGCCCGACUUGUGAUGCGCCUUUGGGGUUGGAUACUAGCCGAGGCGGGAACGUCUUGGACAUUGAGAAACUUAGCAAUGUUGUAAAAGCCGCAUCGGUUAUGGAGGCAGAAGCCUCUCGAAAAUAUAGCCAAUCUCAACAGAGUGUCCGCCAUGAAAGCUCAGUGCCAUCAGGACAUUGGGAUGUGCAUUCGCCGAAUCGGUGGGACUCGGGGUCCUUCAGUCAACCUUCGGGUUCUUUCAGUCAACCUUCAGGUUCUUUUAGUCAGCCUUCGGGUUCUUUCAGUCAGCCCGGUCAUUUCAGCCAGCCGCCGGGUUCCUUCAGCCAGCCAACGGGUUCCUUCAGCCAGCCAACGGGUUCCUUCAGUCAGCCAACGCCGUCCAACGCUCGCAGCGAGCAUGCCUCGAGCUAUCAUCAAGGCAGCCGUGAAAGCCGUGAAAGCCGGGAAGGUCGAGAGAGCCGUGACAGUCGUGACAGUCGGCCCGAGCUUCGAGAGACUCCUCGCGUCGAUACAGGACAUUGGCGUACUCCGAGUAAUACGUCCGCGGCAGAUUUUCCAGAAACCCCAUCCAUGCGCAGGCAGCAUGAUUUUGAUGUGCAAAACAUGGAGAGUGUUGUGAGCCCAAGGGAGCAACCUCAAAACCCAAUCGAUCCACCCACGGUUACGGUUCGGAGCGAAUUCCCAACCUUGACAAGAUCAAAGGUUCAACAGGCUCUCACUUGCCUCGUAACGAUUGAGGUUCCUGAGAGGAAAUGGGUCCCAACAGGGGAUGAAUCCCCAGCCCCACCGGUCCCACCUGUACGUGGGGGCGUGGACGACCCCUACAGGCCUCCGUCUCCAAGUACGAGUAAUCGUUCUGCUUCAGGGACCUAUGGGAACAAUGCCAAGUCAGCUGCCAAUAUGGAACAAAUCACGGAGGAUUUGAGGCAACGGGUGGAAAACUGGCACAGCUUGGAUGUUUCUCGAUUUGGUAAAUUACGGUUGUUCGGGACCAUCAAAGUUGGCAAAGACUGCCAAUCAUGGCAGGAACUUGAAUGUUUCCUAUUUUCCGAAAUGCUUAUAUGCGUGAAGGAGAAGAAGAUCCCCAAUACUGCUUCCGGACAAUGGGGCCCUAAUGGACGUAAAAAAUCGGGUAAAUGCACACUCAAAGGUUCAAUCUUGAUUAAGAAGCACCUGAAGCAGGUAUCAGACUCGAGCUCAACUGAUAAUCAUAUUCUGACCCUCAACCUCUCUGUCGCUGAACUCCCAUCAUUUCAUCUUCAAUUCCCCAAUCAUUCACAAUUGGAACAGUGGCGCAGGGCGCUUUUGAAUCUCAAUAGUGAGAUGCUGGAUGCACCGCACGAUGACGAUCGUAUACAAUCCGACCCUGAUGAGGAACUUGAUGGCCGUUAUUCAACUAGGAGGAAGGGCCAUCGCGCAUCCUCUGCGAAUUCUUCGAUAGGAGGCGCCCGUUCCGUUGUAUCUGCCCCAACAGAAUAUACAACAUCGUCAAGGAUAUUGCGUACAACUCUUGCUGCCCACGUUCCAAUCGAUCUCGUCGUUGUCAUCCCUGUUACAUCAUCUAUGCAAGGCCUCAAGAUCAAUCUACUUCGGGAAUCCUUGCGGUUCUUGGUUGGAACACUUGGAGAAAAGGAUCGAAUGGGUUUGGUGUCAUUUGGUUCUAGUGGUGGGGGCGUAGCACUUGUGGGGAUGACAUCGAAGAACUGGUCGAGUUGGAAUAGGGUGAUCAAUUCCAUUCGGCCAGUUGGUCAAAAGAGUCUACGCGCCGAUGUGGUUGAAGGAGCAAAUGCCGCUAUGGAUCUAUUGAUGCAGAGAAAAGUCAGCAAUCCUAUUUCUUCUAUUCUUCUGAUUAGUGACUCUUCAACUUCGGAUGUUGAAGCGGUUGAUUUUGUGAUAUCAAGAGCAGAGGCUGCGAAGGUUUCGAUUCAUUCCUUCGGGUUAGGGUUGACUCACAAGCCGGAUACAAUGAUCGAGCUAUCAACUAGGACAAAGGCAUCAUAUACCUAUGUUAAGGACUGGAUGAUGCUGAGGGAGUGCCUUGCGGGCUGCAUGGGAGCCUUGCAAUCAUCAUCGCAUCAAAACGUCAAGGUUAAACUUAAGUUGCCAGAAGGGUCGCCUGCCCGCUUCACAAAGAUAAGCGGUGCUUUACAAGUCACCAAGCGGGCCACUGGAAGGGAGGCCGAAGCUGCUCUCGGAGAUUUAAGGUUCGGCGACAAAAAAGAUGUACUGGUACAACUUGUCAUCGACCCAGAUCAGAACACUAAUGAGCUACCACCUGCUGAUCCAUGGGAGACAAUUGUUUCUGGAUUGGAGGCUCUUGGUGGCCCACUCGACGCAGAAGAACAGAGAGUCCAAAGCAUCGAAGAAGUUCCGCUUAUACAAGCCGAUCUUAUUUAUGGGGAUAUCCAAAGAGAUGGAGCAUUAUCACAGUCAUCGCGGCCAUCCCUCUUAACUAUUUCGAUGCUACCAUCGACCAGCAACAAAUCAAGACAAAGCCACGCUCGUCCUGGAUCCCCUCCGAUACCUCCACACCCCAUGAUCGUGCAAAGGAGGAUGGAACUCUUAACUUCAGAUAUGUUGUCUCGGGCUUUAACAUUGGUCUCGAAAGGGCAGCACGAUAGAGCCCAAACGCUGCUCUCUGAGACUCGGACAAUUCUAAGAGGCCUUGGGAAGGGUGGUUUACCACCUUUACCGCCGCCUCCAGGCUCUGAUCAUGGAGAUGUGACACCCAUUGCAACUCAGUCUAGCAACUGGGAUGGAAAAUACAGCCCGACUGCUGGCAUCGACUCCAAGGUGGUGGGAUGCCUCGAUUCCGAAUUGGAAGCUGCUCUGGAGUGGAUUGCCCACCCCGCAGUCUUCGCUCGGGAUUCUCGCAAGGCGGUCUUACAAGCUAUCGGUGUUAUUUCUGGGCAAAGAGCCAUCACAUUCCGGACGCCGAGCGAGUCAUAUCAUGCAUCCCGAGUUUUCGGUGUUAAGCAUCUGACAGCGCAAGCUAGAGAAUGGCAUGGCAAUUCAGAAGAUCUCGCAGAAGAAGAUUAA